GAGAGUCCCUGAGAUAAAGGUGCAGACUCUUGAAUGAACUGGCAGUCACUACUCAGCAGCCACAGCUUCAGGGUCUGUCCCACACUCACCGCACAAUGGACUCAUCCCAGUAUAGGCUAAAGGCAACACUAACCCAACUGUGUCUCUGCUCCAGAGGAGUCCGAAAUGUUACUUCAGAGCAUCCCGAGCAGCAGGACAGCCUUACUUUGUGGAGACCUUGGCUGCUCAGAGCUGGAGACAGGGAGCUAGACGGACAGCAGAGACGGUUGGGGCAGGCCAAUGGGGAUCACAGAAACACUGGUCCAAAGGGAGCACUGGGAUUUCAGCACCCUGUACGGUUGUACAUGCCCAAGUCUAAAACCAGUGAAUAUCUGCAACAUAUGGGCAAGAAAGUCUUAGCCAACUUCCCAGUCCAAGCCACCAUUCACUUCUACAACGACGACUCUGACUCCGAAGAGGAAGAGGAGGACGACGAAAUGGAAUUUUAUAACUACUACCAGAACUGCGCUGCCAACGGAGUGAAUAGCUCAAGGGGAAGUGGCGACAAUUAUUCCGUUCCAGGUGGUCCCAAGAGGAAUAUCAGUAGCCACACGGGAAGUGCUUAGCAUCGAAGGAGCACAUCUAUGAGACUUUUAUUAAGGUUUUUAUUACCAUAAGCCGCCAAUGACCGAUAUUCCAGAAUAUUCAUAUGCAAGGAGGGUGGUAUUGCUGCUCAGGUUACAUUGCACACAAGCCCAGCAGUGCCGGCACCAUCAUGAACACUGGACCACUGAUUUCUCUUUCCUCUGGCCCUUUGGCUUUAUACAAAGCAUGAUAGUUUGUAUCAAAACUAUGUGUCAUUCCAUUUGUAGGGAUUCUGGGCCAGCUCAUAAAUAUAUUUUAUUUAAAGCUCCAUUGAACAUUAUAGGGUGGGGGGGUCUUUGUAUGGAAAACAGAUAAAAGGUGGCAGAGCAAUAAAAUGAAGGGUACUUUGUUACAUGUACAAAAAUGGUAUAUUAAGUUUGCCCUUUAUGUAUAAAGGGUGGCUAUGGCAAGGCCUUAAAUCCUUAUUUCAUAGACUGUUGUAUAUACAGAAUGGUCUUACUUAAUGCCUUUGCCGCAAAUGAUCAUGUAUCACCCCUAACUUGGCAUUGGCCCUGUGUUGAACCCCCAUCCAAGCUCCCCAUUCAUGUGGAAUAUUGACAUUUAAACUUGCACGACUGUAAUAUGUUGUAUAUACUGUAAAUAUGUUUUUGUAUAAUGUUUCUGAAUGUAAAGUGAUUUAUACUGACAGGCAAUAAAAUGAUUGCACGAGA